CUACCCUACGCUCUUCACAUUCCCUUCCGUCGAGCUGUAGAUUGCUUAUUCACAACCUCUCCUGAUAGCGGCGAGACAUGCUCAACCUUCGCCAGCGGUUGGGGUCUCACUGAGGCUGAGCUCAAGUCGUUAAACCCCGGUGUCAAGUGCCCUGAUAUCGACUCCAACGGUUCAUACUGUGUUGCUGGGACUGUAAACGAUGAUGAGCCGACCGUCAUUAGUUCCAAGACGAUAGUGCCUGAAUCUACUCACGUGCCGCCGCCCAGCAAGACAACCACUACCACUUCCACUGCCAAGUCUACUGCUCCCCAGAAACCUUCUCCUACCAAGGGCUCUUCCGGAAAUGGCAUUGAAACUCCAAGCCCAAUCCAAGAAGGCAUGGUGGCCAACUGCAACAAAUUCCACUACAUUCAAUCCACCACAACCUGCCAAGGCAUUCUGAACUACGAUAAAAUCUCCCUUGCAGAUUUUGUCAAGUGGAAUCCUGCCGUUGGCAAGGACUGCAGCAACUUGUGGAAGGGCACAAGCGCAUGUGUCGGUGUUAUUGGCUUUACUCCAUCACUGACGACGACCACCAAGCCCAAGCCAGCAGCUACAACCACCAAGGGCAAUGGUAUCACAACGCCAACUCCCAUCCAAGAUGGCAUGGUCUCCAACUGCAACAAGUUUCACUUUGUCCAGUCUACAACUACCUGCCAAGGUAUUUUGAACUACAACAAGAUUACUCUUGCAGAUUUCGUCAAGUGGAAUCCUGGUGUUGGUAAAGACUGCGGCGGACUCUGGAAGGGCACCAAUGCGUGUGUCGGCGUGGUAGGAUUCAAGCCAAGCCCUACCACUACUGCUGGCAACGGAGUCACCACGCCUACGCCUAUACAGGAGGGUAUGGUCAAGAACUGCGUAAAAUUCCACUUCAUCGGCCCUCAGACUACGUGUCAAGGCGUUUUGAAUUACGACAAGAUUACAAUGGCACAGUUUGCGAAGUGGAAUCCCGCAGUCGGCAAGGAUUGCAGUGGUCUUUGGAAGGGAACGAAUGCUUGUGUCGCUGUUGCUUAA